CCGGUAAGUAUGCCUGUGUUCUAGAACCUGACGGAUGGUGAAUAUGUGGUCGAUGAAGCCACGACCAGAUCUGAAGCCAGCUUGGUUUUCUCGUGUUUGCAGUUCACGAGUUUUAGUUAGGCGUCUGAUUAUUAUUGAGGCUAGUAUUUUAGAUACUAUAUUAGUUAAACUAAUCCCUCUAUGGUUGUCACAUAAUGAUUUUAACCCUCUCUUAUAUAUUGGGACGAUAAGUGAUUGUGACCAGUCAGAUGGAAUAACGUCUAACUCCCAGAUCUUAGGUAAAAUAUUAGUCAACCUAAUCGAUAAAAUUGGACCACCAUCCUUAAAGACCUCUGUAGCCAAUCCAUCUGGACCAGCUGCCCUUCCUCGUUUCAGAUUAACUAUAGCCUUUUGAACUUCUGCUAGAGUUGGGGGACCUACUACAAUGUUCCAUUCACACUGUCUGGGAAUGGAGGGUAGUUGUAGAGUAACUGAAGGCCAGCUGGACUGCUCUCUGAAAUGUUCCGCCCAUCGUUCUAAACGUCUGGACUGAGAGUAGAUGAGGGUGUCGUCAUUUUCCGAAAUAAUCUCACUUACACUUGACUUAUUAAUUCCAGCUUCUUUUAUUAGUUUAUAAAGCUGUCUUGUGUUCCCCUAUAGCUGCCGCCUUUUCCAUCUCUUUUGCUUUCGUUGCCCACCACAGCUCACGGUCGUUCCUUAGACUUUUGCUUAACCUAG